AUGGGUUUAACUGAGGAUAACUUUAAUCAAUGGGUUAUUCAAAAUUAUCCUCCCUACUCUGUGGCGGAAAACCAAUAUCGGGCCGCCAGGUCGUACUACGAGGCGGCAUUUCAGCAGAGCGAUAUGGCAGGUUCUCAAGCUUGGCAGGAAAAGGUCAAACAAGCGGCGUACAAUAAUAUCGGCCCACAUGGACCUGAUUACAACACCUUGGUCGGACCUGAUGAAUACGUUUUCUUAAAUAUCCAAAUAACAUUGGAAAUUACACGAGUUGUGCUUUGA